UAUCUCCUAGUUCUUACAUCCAACACACACAAGAUCAUAUUCAGAAGACAAAAAAAAAGGCAACAAAAGAUGAACUUCCUCUCCGAUCAGGUCAAGAAAUUCUCCGACUCCAAACCGGAGGAGCCAGACCACAACAAGCCCGUCGAAGGAACCGAAGCAGCCAACAGACCAGCUUCUUCCUCCGAGCUCAUGGCUAGUGCCAAGGUUGUAGCCGAAGCUGCUCAAGCCGCGGCUCGUAACGAAUCAGACAAACUCGACAAGGCUAAAGUCGCUGGAGCCAGCGCUGAUAUCUUGGAUGCUGCCCAAAAAUACGGAAAGCUCGAUGAAAAGAGCGGCGCUGGUCAGUACCUCGACAAGGCCGAGAAGUAUCUAAACGAUUUCGAGUCCUCCCAUUCCUCCGGCGCUGCCGGUACUCCUCCUCCGGCUGCCGGUGCUCCUCCUCCGGUAAGUCAGGCUGAACCGGAAGCUAAGAAAGCCGAAGAGGAAUCUGGUGGUGGGUUGGGAGGUUAUGCCAAGAUGGCUCAAGGAUUCAUGAAGUGAUUGAUCUUUUACUAUAUCGUUAAUUAAUAAAAUUAAAUAAGUACGUACGUUAGUGAUUAUGUUGUAUCGUUCAGUAUGUGGGAGAUAUAACUAAGUACGUUAGUAAUUAUGUUGUAUCGUUUAGUAUGGGGGAGCGAAUGUUCGGUUUCAAUCUAUCUAUAUUUGUUUGAUUAUGCUCAA